AUGCCUGAACUCACUACUUUUGCCGCUGAUGAUAGGUCCACCUCUGUCGGGAUUCCCCUGACACACAUGCCACAGCAGGUCCACGUCUGGAGCGCAGACGAUGACUGGACGGGCGUCGUCGAUCGCCGCGAGAGGAGGAAGUUGCAGAAUCGGCAGAAUCAGCGGAAGUGGCGCGAGCGGAGGAAAGCGUCCGCACGAGGCUCCGGAUCCCCAGCCAGCAGCAGCACCGGUACCGGCACCGGCACCUCAACAAUAUCCCUCGCGGUAUACACAGCAAGCAACACAGUCCAGCACCAAGAUAAUAAAGCAAUCGACACCCUCUGCGAUCACGCGCCCCCCAACGCCCAAGAAUACCUGCGCGCCUUCGAAGCCCGCCUCCGCCAAAGCUACAUCACCAACUCGCCCGACCUCGACCACCUAAUCGGAUUAACACGCCUCAACGUCCACCGCGCAAUACGAGAAAAUAUCCGCGCCAUCGGGAUGACAAUCGAAUGGACGAACUGCGACGACAGCCUGUCCAUCUUCAACCUCACGCACCCGCACGGCCCCUCUUCCACAGGGCCCUUCACCCUGAACAUCGAAAAAAUCCCACUCGCCCUGCGCCCCACGCACAUCCAGAAAACAACCCCGCACCACCCCUGGCUCGACUUCUUCCCGUUCCCGUCCAUGCGCGAUACGCUGAUCACGGCCUCGGCCGGGCUGCUGUUCGACGACGACGAGCUCUGCCACGACCUCAUGGCGUUCUGGGAUACGCGGAACACGCAGGCGACGCUCAUUGUGUGGGGGGCGAGCUGGGAGCCAAGGAAUUGGGAGGUCAGUGAGGCGUUUGCGCGCAAGUGGGGGUGGUUGCUGGUCGGGUGUGAGGAGUUGCUGGUCUCAACGAAUGUUUGGAGGAGGAGGAGGGGGGAACGCGCGAUUAAUUGGGGGAGGGUGCUGGGGAGUAAGUCGGGGGGUAGGGGUGUUUGGGAUGUGGUGGUGGAAGGUGUUUAG